GCGGGGCCGCGCGCUCAGUGCGGGGCGGCGGCAGCGGGACGGGACGGAGCCGCGAUGGAGAAGCCGCGGCGGGCGGUGGUGGUGACGGGGUUUGGUCCGUUCGGAGAGCACGCUGUUAACGCCAGUUGGAUUGCAGUUCAGGAGUUGGAGAAACUCGGACUGCGAGAUGAUGUGGAUCUGCACGUCUAUGAAGUCCCAGUUGAAUACCAGACAGUGCAAAGACUCAUUCCUGCAUUAUGGAAAAAGCACAGUCCUCAAUUGGUGGUUCACGUAGGUGUUUCGGGUAUGGCUACGACUGUAACUCUGGAGAAGUGUGGCCAUAACGUAGGUUAUAAAGGCUUAGACAACUGCCGUUUCUGCCCGGGCUCUCAGUGUUGCAUAGAAGGUGGCCCAGAAUGCAUCGAUUCCAUUAUUGACAUGGACACGGUUUGCAAGAGAGUCUCGGCACUGGGGCUGGAUGUCACGGUCACUAUAUCUAAGGAUGCCGGCAGAUACCUCUGUGACUUCACUUACUACACUUCCUUAUACCAGAGCCGCGGGAGGUCGGCUUUUGUUCACGUGCCUCCGCUGGGAAAACCGUAUACCGCAGAACAGCUGGGUCGGGCACUACAGGCUAUAAUAGAAGAAAUGCUUGAUGUUUUGGAGCAUUCUGAAGACAAAAUCACUUGUCAGCAUGAACACUGAAAGUGGGCAGAAGCUAUCCUAGUAUUGCACUUCCAAAAUUUUCCCUGCUACUGAAGUACUGGGAAAAAACGGUCUGAAACCUACAGGCCCAGAAUUGGAGACUUCAAAAAGAAAAAAUCUACUUCUAGAAAUUGACGUUUUUUGUCAAAUGUGUGCAUUUCAGCCUAGGCAACAAAGGAUUCAAAAUCUCUUCCUUAAAACACCUGCAACUACUCAUUUCUGAAGUGACUGAAGUGUGUGUGCUGUGCUUUAUCCUGAGCUUAUCUGUCAGCCGAGUGACAGCUACUGACCGGUCUAAUACAGCGCAGAUGGAAAGUUUCUCAUCUGGACUUGGCGUUCAGGUGCAGGGAAUUGAUAACCCAGUCUUCUAAUGACUAGUUCUUAAGUUGAAAGGUUUGCUUUUGGUUUUUAUCCUCUCUGGCCCAGAUUAUAGGUUGUAUUGUAAAAGUACAACUGAAAAGAGUUGGAAUGGUGUGGGUUUGUCUCUUGUAAAACAGCGUUUGGAGACGAGGAGUCUUUGAAAUGGCUUUGUGGAGAUGGAAAAAUAUUUUAGACACUGAUUUCUCACCCCACGCUGUCCAAAUAUCCGUAGGGUCCUCUGUAAUGUACUGGUUUAACUGGUAGCUGCAGAUAGAAGGGAUGUGUUUUGGGUUCCUUUUGUUGUGGAGCAGGAGAUAGCGCUUUUUUUUAUUUUGUACGCAGUAUGAGCCUAACUUGCGCCAAAUAUUUCCAAAUAUCUUUUUUAUUACACUCUCAAUGCCACCUUCCUCACUCCAGUCAACCAUAUACCUCCUGUACAAAACACAUUGUUUCGUAUGUGUAUAAAGCAAAUCAUUAGCGGUUAAAUAGCUUUGCUAAAGGCCACUUUCUCCGCAGGAGAUCUUUAUCCUAGACUUGGUGCUAGCUGUUAUUUUUAAGGUGAAGGUUGAGUAAUUUAUAACUUCCUUAGUUAUAAAUUUCCAUUCUUUUUAAAGGUUAGAAGAGUAAUGUUUAACUUAAAUUCUAAGUUGCCACCUUGAUUUAUUAUAGGCAUAAAUAUGCAAGAGUGCGGAUUCGAAGACAUUCUGCCAAUCGAAUCUAAAAUCUUAAACCUCUUCCCACUGUCUGUAAACCAGAGGCGAUUAUUUGAAAACUAAGAAUUUUGCUUAGAAUGAGGAUUCCGGACGGUUUAUUAGUGUCCCCCUCCCAAUGGGAGGGUACAAAGUGCUGCUUCUAGUCUGAACUUUCCCAGUAAUUAAUUUGGGGAAGUGUACUUGCAGGUUCUAAGCAGGACUUCAAAAGCAGUAGGCGCUAGUGGUGCUUGUAGGUUUGCUUCCAAAUGACGAGACUCCAGCGAAAGGUGGAGACAGAUGACGUUACAGUGGGAACGGACACAAAAUUGGUAAUUGGUGACCGGUAGGUCUCAUUGAGGGGCCAUUUAAAUGGAGAGGUCUGCGAUUUGAUUCUAAUACUUUUACAAAUAUAUAUAUAUAUAUGUAAAACAACAUUUUGAAAUGUUUUAGAAUACCAUUAUUUUAAUUUUUCUAAUUGUGAAUGAUUCUGCUAUAGUAUCUCUCAGUGAGAGCUGCCGUUAACUUGCUGUUUGCCAGUGGAAGUCUGGUGGCAAAGGAAAUACCACUUCUCCGUGUAACCCUUGAGCGAGGACGGGGACUUCUGCAGUUGUAAUAACUUUGCUGAGGGGACCUGUGGACAAAGAUUUUUGGAUAGACUUCAGUUUACUGAGGAAAUUACCGCUGUAUUCACUGUACAGGCUUUCCUGAUCAAAAGAGUUUGCCUUCAAAGUAAAUAUUCUCUUUUGCAUUCGAAUACAACGUAGCACUUGUCAGAUUGUCAGCAGGCAGGCGGGCUUUCUGAUUAGUAAUUUAUUAUAUUUAAUAUUUUGUUUAAAUAUUUGUGGUUUGACAAGUUUUCGCAAAUAGUUGAGCUACUUAUCUUGUAGGUUGAUUCCUUUAUCUGGUAAGAAGUUUUUGUCAGUGUAUCUUAGCUGCUAAACUUUUAAAAGAGGAGUAAUUCGCAUAUUCUGCUAAAUUCAGCAAUUAUUUUAAGUAAUUUUCAGUAAGGCUAUUUAAUUUACACGUAAUGUAGAUGUGAAAGAAACGGGAGGGGAAGUUCAACAGUUUAGCGAGGUGAUAACAAAAGGAAAAAAAAUGGUGGUGGGAUGGAGGCGGCCGUAGGAAGGGCUGGUUGGAGCCGCGAUGCCCGCGGAUGCCGAGGGGAAGCUUUCUCUGCUGCCAUCCCUCGCCUUGAGCAGAGCAGGGGGAGCAGGUUGGGCUCUGGUGAUGAUAAAUGUCUCUGAGAUGAUGAUAAAGAAGCGGAAUGUGCCCUAUCUGUCCGUGUCUCUCGAACAUUUCUGCUUCCUUUGAGCGUACGAGUGGGCAGCCUUGGAGAUCACCCCUGGAUGUGGCUCCAAAUUCACCGUCAGGGAAGGCAGACGUGGGGAGAACAGCUUUCCACGCCGGCUUAUUCCGCCUGUGGAGUUACAUCCUGCCCGACAUCUGUGGAUGUUCUUUCUUGGGUGAUCUCUGCUGUCCAAGGGGAAGAUCUCGAGCCAGUUUCUGUGCCUGCUGUUUGUCUAAGGACUGCGGUGGUUGACUUUCUACGUGUCAGUGUUUAAAAAAAAAAAAAAAAAAAAAAAAAAAAAAAAAUCUCAUUUUUGGAAAUACGUUGCUUUGAGCAUCACUUCGAGCUGUGUGCUUCCUCAUAAUCUGUUUUUUUUUUGGUGAAGCUUCCAUGUGAUUGGUUUCUUAGAAAACAUAAUUUAUUUUAUAAUCUUUUUGGGUUUUUGAGAAUUAGUCCUCAGAGAUUGUAUUUGUAAAGGGUGUCUUGGUGGUAGAGAAAUUUUGUAUAGUGAAACUUUUAAAAGUGGCAUUAAACUAAUUUUAUUUAAUCUGACCUAAAUUAAAUACUUUUGGUUUUUUUGAAGUUUUUUGUUAAAUUCAUUAAUUCAUAAUGCUUUUCCAAUAGGUGCAUAUUUUCUUUGGAAAUGCGACUUCCAACUGAUGCAGAGCUUCAGAAAGCUGAUGUUUUGUGUCAUGCUUACUAUCUGCUUUCUCUUCCAGAUCAUCAAUAAAUAGAAUUUGCUAAUUUGCACUGACUGGGAGACCUGUUGCCAGCCGCACAAAAAAAUCCGUGCUAGCGCGUAAGUGUAGGAUAUUCAGGUUUAGUGUUAAUUACUGUGCCUGCAAUUUGUAAAAUGUAAAAGCUGGUGAAGUUUUAGAAUCCUGUGACUGCAAAAUUGUCUCUGGGGAUACGCUUCACGGAGAAAAACGGGGCUGAGAAUAUUUUGUGCAGAAGAGAGAAUUUAGGGAGGUUCCACUGUGUCGGGUCUGAUGUCAUUUUAUCUGCUUGCCAACAGCUGGGAGGAGGAACUGGUUAAGGUGUUGGUGAAGUUUGGUGAUGACAAUUUAAUUGUUUCAGUUAUUAAAUGCUGCGGAGGAUUUUGAGGAACUCCAGAUACUCGUAAACUCCUUCAUAAUUUGGCGACUGUGAUGUCGGGAGAUACUUCCUUUGAAUGAAACUUGGCAAUCUGCUUUAUAAAACCCAGCAAAAAGAAACUCUGAGCUUGAAAAUUACCUUAAAGACUUGCAGGGAGCUUGAUGAUCCUUAUGGGUCUCUUCCGACUCGAGAUAUUCUGUGCUUUUAUGAUCCCGGUUGAAGGUAAACACCUUCAACCAGGUGUUGGAGCUGUUUGGGGGGUGGGUUUUGGCAGCUUUUGGAAGAGGAUAUCAAAAUCUGUAAGAUCAUAUAGAGCGGUUUAUGCUUAUCUGGAGUAUUCCCCAACCUAAUUGCUUCCUCCUAAGCGUGGUAGUGGUGGGAAAGGAUGAAAAGGUCAUGAAGAUGGUUAGAGGUGUUGAGUGUGGUUGGGACAUGAGACUGCAGCCGAGAACUGCUGGGCUUCAAGAGUCCUUCCAGGAGGGACCUGACUGAGGGUGUCCAAAAGUUUAAGGCUUGGUGAAAACUAACCGGUUGCUCUGCUUUCGCCCCGAAGAGGAGGGAAAUCCAAAGGCAAGGUGUCUUAGAGUAAAUUGGAGGUAAAUGCUUCCCGGCUGACGCCUUGCAGAAACUGAGGCGGCGUUCGCAGCCUCGCGUUGUGAAGCGUAGCCUGACGCGUCGGGUGCUGCCCGCAGCAGGAAAACGGACUCGUUGAACCAGGGCUCUGAUCUAAUAUGUCAACUUAUCUUUAUCUCCGUAGGGUUUGUACUGCCCGUGCUGUGGUAAGUCAGGUAGGAAACUCUUACUAUGUGUAUUUCCUUACCUAGACAGUCGGGCUUAGAUGUAGCAUUCAAACUCCAGUGUGUCUCUCGCUGCUCUGCCGGUUGCACGGGCAAUAUUUAACCUUUUAGUGCCUCAGUCGCCUGGCAAAGGGGAUUAUUCCGGGCCACUGUCAAGCAGUGCCAUGCCUGGAAUAAAAGCCCAAGAGCUUCCAGGCCUGCAGACUCGCAAAUGGACAGCACAGACUCCCAGUGUUGUUAUUUUUUUUUUAAUGCAAAGGCUAAAAAAAGUUAAAAUCCAGUGAAGUUUCUUCUAAUACUCAAAUAACCUUCAUUUGAUUUGAGCGCGUGAUUCGUUGAGCUGGCACGCGGGCUUUCUUAUGAAAUGUGUAAGAGGAAUUGCAGUAGGAGGAGCUUCUUGAAACCAAAAAAGGGAAACCGUAAAGGACCUGAAUUGGUAAUUCCCCGCAAGCGCAAGAGCUAGCGCUAGACUAGAGCAGCCGUUAUGGCCUGACCCCGUUCUUUCGUGGCUUGACUUGCUGUGACUCCUGCAUCUUUUUUAUCUUGUAGUGUGUUUCUAACUCGUAGCCACGCAGCUGAUCCUCAGACACCGAGCCGCUUUAGGAGCGAGCGGUAGAGUUUGAAAGCUGGCUGGAAACCAGUAAGUUCAGGCGUAGAAAGUACACUUGUGUGGGUUUUUUUAAUUACGAUUUUCAGAUUUUCAUCCCGCAGUGCAGAUAAUAAAAUUGCCGGCAGUUAAUUUGCACAUACUUUCACAAAGUAACUUCCUUCGUAUUGUCUCCUUUACUUACGUUAAUAUGCUAUCUGAUAAUAUUUUAAUGAGAGAAAUUUCAGAGUUGCGAAGGCUUUCUUUCCUAUCUGUUGGCUUGGAUAAAAUACCCCUAGCUGAUACCAUAAGUACGCAUCCUGGCAUAGAUGUAUUUGUUGUUUUUGCACCAGAAACCCUAAUGUUUUGCAGUAUAAAGUGCACUUUUUCUUAAAAAAACCCACUUAUAUUCAUGUCUGGUUAGUGUCUUAUGUGAUGAAAGUGAUAUUCUGCCAAACCUCCAAAGCAGAAACAAAGCUGAGGAUAUUGUUAAUUCUUCAUCGUAUUAAUUGGAACCUGAGAUCGGCUUCCGCUCAGUCUAUUUUAAGACAAAGUAGAGAAGAAAAUGCCUCCCCGUAGGUAGGAAUUAAACAUAGGAAAUGAAACUAUACACUGCCCUUAAGUACAACUCUGCUCCUUAAGUACAUGUUCAGGUUUUCUAUUGCACCAGCUUCUUAAAUCGCAAAUGUUUACUUUGAUUAAACAGGGAGUGCCUUGUCCUGUGCUGGGCUCACCUUGGGGGAGCAGAGUGGUGGUGAUGGGGACGGAUGAGCCAUUUGCACAGAAGGUGGGUGGAAAGACUGGGCGUUCGGCACUGGGAGAAACUGCCGAACUUGUUCGGGAUGCCCUUUGUCCAAGGAUGCUCUUCAGAAACUGCACUGAGUUGAGUUCUCGAGGUUUUUCUGACACACACUCGGCCCUGACAAAGGGAAAAACAAGAGUAUUUGCCACUUCCUUGUCCCUCUCGGUUAGGCUGGCCAAAUUCGUGAAGGUUUUUCUGUCUCUCCUUUAUGGUUAGGUGUUUCGUUCGGACUCCGUUAUGCAUGUUACAGCAUCACUCAGCCUCUCGGGUCCUCCGUUCGUUAACUGUGGUGAAAUAAACAGUUGUCUGUCUGGGUACCUCAGGUGUUGCCAAUCUCAUGCUUAUCAGGACUCUCGGAGCUACGAUUCUAAAUCUGUUGGGGCUUCUGUUUUUCUCAGUGUGUUCUUGCAGUGCCUUGUAAAACCAAACAAUCUCGUGUGUCACAAAAAGGGCUGUGUAAUAAAGAACCGUUAAACGUACUUUCAGCUUGCUAUUGCUAGACUGGACUUUGUAACUGAGAAUUUAAACCGAUGUUUCAAAGUAAAUAAAGAGUUUAACUCUGACUC